UGGAGGUUGGCGGUACUGUGGAAACCUAUUGGAAGUCUACUUCCGGGCCAUCGGCAGAUAUGCCAAUAGCAUCUUUGAGCUCAAUUGGUUUAAGCUCAUCCGUCCAUCACGGCCCUUCCCCUUCCUCUCCGUCCAUCCGUUCCCCAGCUGUGACGGCGACUGCUGGGAACAAAAUCGCUUUAUCGUCCCUCUCUGGAGAGUUUGUGCAUUUAGUAAUCCAGGUUACCCGGGAUUUCAUUCCAGUCGUCUGCCCUGAGUGGAAUGUCCCAUUUGUGAUGAACGAUCAAAAAGAACCGCUAGUCGAUGUCGGGGUGGCGGACCUCUCAGCUGAUCAAUUUCAGCGGCUGGUAGUGGUAGCAGGGAGAACAUCUGAUGCGAAGCUGCCACUUGCGCAGCUGUCGAGUGCAUCUGAAUGGCAACGAUGUCUUUCUGGGUCGUUCUGCACACUGACGGAGGUGCUCAAGGCACUUCCGUUGAAGUAUGGCGUAAGCCUAGAACUCCGCUAUCCCAACCCAGUGAUUCGGCAACGGUACAGUCUAGGCCGCAACCACGAACCGAACGAAUUUGUCGACAGCGUGCUCAGAACAGUGUAUUCAGCCCUGGCUACCCACUCAGGAGCAUUUCCUAGAAGGAAAAUAGUCUUCUCUUCCUUCGUGCCUACCAUAUGUACUGCUAUCAAUUGGAAGCAGCCGAAUUAUGCCGUAUUCUUUGCGUCAAAAGGAGGCGUUGCGAGACCGGCCGGAAAUGACACUGGUGUAUUACUUGCUGAUGAAGAGGAGAUAGAUACUCGCUGCCGCAGUAUCAGCGCUGCUGUUAACUUUGCGAGGAAUAACAAUCUUCUUGGCCUCAUUCUGAAUGCAUCGAUUUUGCAACAAGUACCUUCGUUGAUUUUGGGCAUCAAAGAGCACGGGGUCAUGCUUGCUGCAUUCGGAAACACAAAUUUAUUGCCUUUGUCUUCUGCCACAGGGACUUCCACGAAGGUUGAUGCAAUGCUCACCGAAGGGGUUUUGACAUUCGUUGACCGAGCUAUCGGCAUGCUAUGAUAUUUAUUUAUUUGGUUAGCUAUGUUUCGAGAUAUAAUCUACACGAAUACAAAGGUCAAGGGAGUCGCGAAAAGAGGAAUUGGAAUGAUUAGUUGGGCAUUUUGAGAAGCUUUGUCAGUUGUAUUACGCGUUUGCGGCCGAAAAACACUAAGCAGAAUUACAAUGAUGACAAUC